CUGUCGGCUGAACUUCGCCCCGAACAUAUUGGAAGUCGACUGCUGUGUCUGAAGUUCAAUGCCGUUCGGGGCUCUUAGCCGACGCUCUAGGAAAGACUCGCAGAGCAGCGAGAAGACACAAUGGUUCUUUGAGCGGCCGUCUCCCGGCAAGCUCCUGCUACACGGGGGCUGUGGGGCAGGGAUGGCUUUGUCCCCGAGGAAGGAGGGUCCACAGCUGCCCGAGCUGCCGGAAUUCAGAGCUGAGGUGGCGGAUAACCACAUGAAGAACUCGCCCCCAGUUUCCACGGCCCAGCCACAAUACAGCGGCGUGCUGUCCGGUCUGAGCGAAAGUGGGACUGUGUGCAUCCCAGCGCCUUACGUGGAGAACAGGCACGAAUUCCCCACGCUGGCUUUCUACAGCCCAUCCAUCAUGGGCUACAGCGUGCCCGGUGAUGCCAGGACCGAGAGCACCUUCACCAGGCAGGCUCUGAGCCCCUCGGUGUAUUGGCCCUCGUCUGGGCACGUGUCUCCGAUCACUCUCCACUGCCAGCAACCCGUCAUGUACGCCGAUCCCCCUCGGAGUCCUUGGAGCGAGCUGCGAACAGAACAACCACCACCCAACAGGGAGGGUUUGAAGAAGAAGUUAUUGGCUCCGGGCCCAAGUAUCGGGGUCUGCAACAGGCGGGAUGCCCACUUCUGUGCCGUCUGCAAUGACUUUGCCUCUGGAUAUCACUAUGGCGUCUGGUCCUGUGAGGGUUGCAAGGCUUUCUUCAAACGGAGCAUACAAGGACACAACGCCUACAUCUGCCCGGCUACCAACCAGUGCACGAUAGACAAGAACCGACGGAAAAGCUGCCAGGCCUGCAGACUCCGCAAGUGUUAUGAAGUCGGGAUGAUGAAAUCAGACACACGGAGAGACCGCUGCAAUUACCGGCUGACGCGACAGCCUCGAUUGGACAGCGGGCAGCAGGACGGGGGCAGCAAAACACACAAGGCGGUGGAGGGGGUGCAGGUCAGCGAGAUCUGCCUAGGACAGCUGGCCCCCGAGAAGCUGCUGAACUCCCUCCUGGAGGCUGAGCCCCCCAAUAUCUACUCACUAAAUCGCCCCAACAAGCCCUUUACCGAGGCCUCGAUGAUGAUGUCACUGACAAACCUGGCUGACCGCGAACUUGUGCACAUGAUCGCCUGGGCCAAGAAAGUCCCAGGCUUCGUGGAGCUGGACUUACACGACCAGGUUCAGCUGUUGGAGAGCUGCUGGUUGGAGAUUCUGAUGCUGGGGCUUAUGUGGCGAUCCAUCGACUACCCUGGCAAGCUCUUCUUUGCUCCUGAUCUCAUCCUGGACAGAGAUGAUGGGCAGUGUGUCGAAGGCAUCCUGGAGAUCUUUGACAUGUUGCUGGCUACGACGUCAAGGUUCCGUGAGCUGAAGCUACAGCACAAUGAGUACCUCUGCCUGAAGGCAAUGGUUUUACUCAACUCCAGCAUGUUUCCCCGUUCCAGAAUUUCGGAGGAGCAGGAGAACAGGGAGAAGCUGCACAAGAUCCUGGACACCAUCACGGACACACUGAUCUGGUGCAUGUCCCGGAGUGGGAUCCCACCCCAGCAACAGGCCACCAGGCUGGCCCACCUCCUCAUGCUGCUUUCACAUGUCCGGCACGCCAGUAACAAAGGCAUGGAGCACCUCUACAGUAUGAAGUGUAAGAACAUGGUUCCCUUUUAUGACCUGCUGCUGGAAAUGUUGGAUGCUCACGUCAUCUACAAUUACCGCAAGCCCUCGGAAGAGCACAACCCCGGGCAGUCGAAGGGUGACAAUCUCUGAACUCUGCAAAUUCCCUUCACCUGUGACACAGCUUCCCUCCCAAACCCAGCUAUCCAAACAGGAAACCUCAUCCCAAACUCUGACACCAUUCCUCUUCUUGGCAGGAGGGAAGGGAGACACCAGCGGGGAGGCUC